UUUUGAAAUUGCCGCCAUAGUAGCAUAGUGAUAUUUGUCGGUUCUAUGUAUAAAAGCUAACCUAAAAAAAGGAAAUCAAUGCAACGAUGAGGUGUGUCAUCAACGCAAAUAGAUUAGUUUUUUGCAUAAACUGAAAUUAUUGAAAAUUAUUGGUGGUUUUACGUUGGAAAGAAGAUUAUCGAAUCUAUAAAGGAUUUCGUGAUUCAACAAAGAAUACUUGUUAAAUUAUGAAGUAACAGAGAACAUUAAAUGAAAAAAUAGCAAACAACUUCGAACGUUAAUUUUCACGUCAACCAGACGAAAACAGUUUGAAUAUGAUACUUGAGACGGUUAGGAUUUGCAGUAAGGAACAGAAAAUAAUCGUUGGUCGUGGAUGUGUUCAAAACGUCGAUCAACAAAAUUUCUACGCGAUGUGUCGGACUAAAAUUUGCAAUCCAGAUUAAAUAGAAUGCUGCAAUUACAUAGAGCGGAAACAGCUCUUGAAUUGGAACGAUUGACCGAAUAAACGAGAAUAACAUAUCGGUACAACGAUGCAAAAUUGUUGUGAUGAUGGCGAUAACGACGUCAUCUAUAAGGAUGUGGUCAUUAUAGGAAACGGGCCUAGUGGAAUAUGCCUUUCUUUCAUGCUUGCUGGAAAUUGGCCUUAUUAUACCGGUGAACCACAUCCUGCGGAUGAAAUGCUCACAGCCAGAUUACACUCGAGCACGAGAUCCGGAAAUGAUGAGGAGGAAUGUUGCGAUAAGACGAGUCAAGAACAACAACAAUUAGGGAAUGAAUCGAGAUGCCAUCGAUGGCACGAGAGUGAGAAUACCAAGUUGAGAAAAUGCCAGGGAAACAGCGGAGGAAGGGGCUUGGCGAGCAGUACACGUUGCAAAUUGGAAUGCCUUUCUUCCGGACUGGAAGGUAGAGUCGGUGGUCGACCUUUGGCCCUUCUUAUGGACCAACUUCAACAUCCCUGUGUCGAUGCUGGCCUUGAUGUACCGUCUCUACUUACUUGGAAAUCGGUCGAGCAACAUCCUGAGCAUAAAGUGAUCGAUCACGUUGUGCUCGGUAAAGGUCAACCUGGUGGUUCAUGGCAGUCGAUGGAUCCAAACGUGUUGACCAUCAGCUUGAACCGAUGGAUGUCGUUGCCCGAUUUAGACAUAAGACAAUGGGAGAUGUUGGUCGAGUCCGAAGAACUUCAAAAAGCAAAUUCGACAGAGGGUAAAUCGUCGUGCAUGUACUAUGCCUUUCAAGAGAAACCGAGUGCAUGUAAAACGGCUAGCAGAAUUUCUGUUGGUACGGUGGCUGCCUAUUACAAAGAUUACGUACGGAGGAAAAGGUUGGAGCAGUACUUUCGAUGCGAGACUGUAGUUACUUCAGUGAGACCGUGCUGCGAUUCUCGUCAUCAUCAUCAUCAACAGCAACAACAACAACAACAACAACAACAAGAUCGUUACGGAUGGAUAGUCGAUGGUUUCGAUAAACAAACCGGGAAACUGUUUCGCUAUCGCUGCAAAAGAGUCGUUCUUGCCACAGGCACGACCGAUUUAUCAAAUCAAUUGGGUAUAGCUGGUGAAGAUUCUCAACUUGAUUGGGUAACGCACGAUCUAAACAAGCUGGAAUCAAGAUUGGAUCAUUUGAUUAGUCAUCAGCAACAUGACUCGAUGGUCGAUUUAAUUUUAGCAAACGAAGUAGAGGAACGACGGCAAUCUAUUGAUCCGGUAUUGGUGAUCGGUUCCGGACUAAGUGCUGCAGAUGCGAUCAUGGCCGUUCGUUUUCAUGGCAUUCCCGUCUUGCAUGCAUUUCGUGACUCGUCCAACGAAUGGAAUAAAUCAAACGACGAGAAAAUACGCACUAUCUAUGAUAGAUUGCAAGGUCUACCCAGCUCGAUGUAUCCCGAAUAUCACAAGGUAUACGAGAUGAUGGCUGAUGGUGGUACUAAUUAUCCUCUAUACAAAGCAUUACCGGGGUAUACGUUGCUCGGACUUACUGCAAAUGAUGCUGAUUUCAUCGAUGGUGCCGGAUUCGAAAAACAUCCGAUGGUUACGCUUGUCGACCCAGACGGAUGCGCACACGCUUUUCGUGUCUCUGCCGUAGCCAUCCUUAUCGAAUUGCAGUAUUGCGAAUCACAUAUUGAACGUUAAGCCACUUCUUCAUAGGUAGGUACUAUUCCAUAGGGUGAAUUUUCUUCAACUUAAUAAAUGUUAGAAGAAAGCGUAUUUUACGAAUUUCUACUAUUCCUUGGUUAACGAAUCGUUUCUAAUUUGUAUAACGUAAGAUUUUUGUAAAACUGAAUAAAUAAUUAUACCACACUCGGAGUUUAUGUAACACAUGUUUGCAUACAUUCACGAGUACGCACAUACCGUGUGAAACAAACGAAGAAUAUGCAAAUACUAUAAUUUAUAUGUAUAAUUAUCUUUAUAAGUAUACAAGUAAAAUAAUUAAUGCAAGUAAGAAAAUUAUUCAAACUCUCGUAACAGUAAUAUUUUUUUAAAAAUUCAAUCUAUAUAUGUAGAUAGAUAUACAUAGAUAUAUAAACGAUAUAGAUAUAAAAUAUAUGUACCGCUCAGUCUGUGAUAAAAAAAAAGUGCAAUAUUCGAGGAAAAUUUAUUUAGUGUUCAUAAGAAUGAAAAUUCAAUAUUGUUAACUAAUGUUAUUAUUUAUCUUAAUGUCUAUUAAACUAUAUCAAAAAAUAUUUAUUUAUGAUAUUUAAGUCAAUGUUGAAUAAUAUAAUAAUCAUAGCAUACAUUCGAUAAAAUAUUCAUUUAUUUUAAAAAAAGGAAAGGAAACAACUGCAAUACACUACACACACAAAAGUAAGUUCACCUUUCAUAUUUCUUCUUCUCUUGUAUACUAUGCAACAUCAGGCCAGACUAGACUACUAAAAUAGUGAAUCAGCCGAAAGGUGACAAUCUGCUGAUUGUCAUUUAUCAUACCUUUUUACAGUUCAUUUUAUUUGUGAACACAUUUGAUUUCCGUUUGUUUCAGCUACUCUUUGUUUUAUUAAAAAUUUACAGCUGUAAUCUCAACGUAAAUAUAUGUUACAGUUAAUUUAAAUUCAAAAUACAAUUAAAAAUUAUGGUUAUUAAUAUUUACAUUUAUAUUAUAUAUAAGUCUUAAGACCCCCCAUCACAUGUAAUAAUGUACACAAUAAACAAUACGGAAUAAAUAACCGGAAAUAAGUCAA